AUGUGCAGAUUGGAGCCAGUUCUGAAGAGGUCCCUGGUGGUCCUCCUUUUCCUGGGCCUGACAGACGCCUGCAUUCCUCGUGAAGUCGCAAUGCAAGAAAAAAGUAAGAAACUAAAGGGAAUCUUGGGGCUGAUGAGCAGACUGUCCCCAGAAGGUUUCAGACAAAACAACAUAUCCUCCUCCAAGACGCCUUCCCUGGUAACCACUCCAGGUCUGCUGAGCCUCCAAGUGCUGCAUGAAGAAACGGAUGACUGCAAAGAAGAAGUGAAGUCUCCCCCAGCCACCACCACAGCCAGGGUGUUUGUGAAGACUAGUGGCUGGAGCUUUUGGAGAUGUGCCUACAUGGUGAUGACCUUUCUCUUCGUGUCCUACAAUAAAGGAGACUGGUGUUACUGCCAUUAUUGUAACCCGGACCUGAAUUUGAGAGAUGAUCCCUGCUGCUCUUUCUAG